GGUCUGGGAGCACAGACACAAAAGCCGCCUCUCCGUUCAGACAGCACACAGCUACGGCUCUCUUCGCGUGGCCCCUGGGGCAGGAGAUACUCUUGGAUCGGGCGCAGCACCUAGCAGGAGGCGGCGGUAGCUGCCUCUGAGCCGCAGCGGCGUGCGCACAAAGCGGGAGAGGAGCCGGUGCCCUCGCUCCUGUCUAAAGCCGGCUGGACUCUAGAGGGGCCGCGUUUUUCAUACGAUGUCUACAGACACACGCAGGUCUGUAGGUGGGUGGGUGGGUUAUUUGGUGCGUGGCGCACAGCUCUGAUAGAAGCCGCUCAGUAGCGCUGCACACAGGAGGAAGAGGAGGGGGAAGCUGCAUUAUCUGGUCCACGCUGCUGCUGAAGGUCGCGUCUGAGCAUCUCCCGCUCGCUCCCCUUGCCCGCCUCGCUGCGAGGAAAAGGCGCCGCUUUGACCCAUCCUCCCAAGCGGGCCACAACCCACGGGGGCUUCUCCGCAAGGCAGAGCCCGAGGUGGCCAGCGCCUUCCACGAAGGACACCGGCGAGGCGGCGGGGACACCUUGAAGGCGAGGCCCAUCCUGGCUGGGGAGGUUUGUCGAGCUCACAUUGUGGCUACUGUCUACCUACAAAAUAUACACUAUUAUUUGGAUAAACAUUUGGAUACUUACAUUUCCUAGAUCAGGAUGCCUUUCAAAAGCGGAUUAGAAUUAACUGAGUUGCAGAAUAUGACUGUCCCUGAGGAUGAUAACAUCAGCAAUGAUUCAAAUGAUUUUACAGAGGUAGAAAAUGGCCAGAUAAAUAGCAAGUUUAUUUCGGAUCGGGAGAGCCGAAGAAGUCUCACAAACAGUCACUUGGAAAAAAAGAAAUGUGAAGAAUAUAUUCCAGGAACAACCUCAUUGCAAAUAUCUGUCUUUAAUCUCAGCAACGCCAUUAUGGGUAGUGGAAUUUUAGGUCUUGCCUUUGCAUUAGCCAACACAGGAAUCAUCCUUUUUGUGUUUCUAUUGUCUUCAGUGACAUUGCUGUCUAUUUAUUCAAUAAAUCUCCUGUUGAUAUGUUCAAAGGAAACAGGCUGCAUGGUGUAUGAAAAGCUUGGUGAGCAGGUCUUUGGCACUCCGGGAAAAAUUAUUGUUUUUGGAUCCACUUCUCUCCAGAAUACUGGAGCAAUGCUGAGCUAUCUCUUCAUAGUAAAAAAUGAGCUGCCUUCUGCCAUAAAGUUUCUUAUGGGAAAAGAAGAAGCAUUUUCGGCAUGGUAUGUGGAUGGGCGAAUUCUUGUUGUAGCCGUGACAUUUACUAUAAUCCUCCCCCUGUGUCUUCUUAAGAACUUAGGGUAUCUUGGAUAUACUAGUGGAUUUUCUCUUGGUUGCAUGGUUUUUUUCCUCAUAGUGGUUAUCUACAAGAAAGUUCAACUUUCCUGCCCAGUACUGGGGCCAAGUGCAACAUCACCUAUCAUAUCAAAUGUUAGCUCAGCACAUGAAGAGAUGUGUCAACCAAAGUAUGUUACCUUUAAUUCCAAGACUGUUUAUGCUUUGCCUACCCUUGCAUUUGCAUUUGUGUGCCACCCAUCGGUCCUUCCAAUUUACAGCGAACUUAAAGAUCGCACACAGAAGAGAAUGCAAAUGGUUUCAAAUAUCUCAUUUUUUGCCAUGUUCGUUAUGUACUUAAUGACUGCCGUUUUUGGCUAUUUCACUUUCUAUGACAAUGUGCACUCAGAUCUGCUUCACAACUACCAGAGUAGAGAUGACAUCCUCAUCCUGACAGUGCGUGUGGCUGUCAUUUUUGCAGUCAUACUCACAGUGCCAGUGCUGUUUUUCACUGUGCGUUCUUCUUUAUUUGAGCUGGCUAAAAAAACAAAAUAUGACUUAUGCCAUCAUAUUGUGGUUACUAUUGUCCUCCUGAUUUUCAUCAACCUGUUAGUAAUUUUUAUCCCCUCAAUGAAGGAUAUUUUUGGAGUUGUAGGAGUAACUUCUGCCAAUAUGUUGAUUUUCAUUAUUCCUUCAUCGCUAUAUUUAAAAAUCACACAUCGGGAUACGGAAAAAUUUACUCAGAGGAUUUGGGCUUCUCUUUUCAUGGCAUUGGGAAUAUUGUUUUCCCUAGUGAGCAUUCCUUUGGUCAUCUAUGACUGGGUGCACUCAGGAGACAAGGCUGAAGGCAACUGAAGUCAACAUCAUGCUGAAAAGGAUACAUCCCUGUUUGCUACUCACCAGAAUCACCACCAUUCUGUUUUAUCUAUCCCAUCCAUUAUGAGUUUACUCAAAUCAAAUCCAAAUAAUGAAAUACUGAUAUAGAUGUAUUUGCUUGCAGAAAAUGCCCAUUUUCCCAACAGCAAUAUCAGUUUCUCCAAUUCCAGUGAGUUAUCAAAUCAAUGUUAAGGUUGUGUUGAUUGUCUGCAAGGGUUUAUAUGGCUUUGCCACUAGGUUCCAAUCAUAAUUAAUUUUUACUCUUCUGGGAUUGAAUUAGAUUGUUCUAGUACUAGUCUUAAAACUUCCAAACCAUAAUAUUUAGUCCUUUGGAGCAAGCAAUGUAUUUGUUUUUGUUUUGUUUUACAAAUCCAGAUUCUAGACUAGUUUUCACAAAUGAUGUUCAGCUCUCACCAUCUCUUUUUUAACCAAAACUCUACUCUUAAAUUGCAUACAUUUGAUCUGGCUUUUCAUUACUAUUUUGUAAACCAUUUUCCCUCAUUUAGUAAGUGUAGCAUUCUGGAGUGUUUAUAUGAAGGGCACCAUGAAAGCAUCAGCUGGUGUUAGAUAACAGUAUGUCCUACACUUGGUGCUGCUACUUU